AUGCGUGUGUGCUGGCUCGUGGGGAAGGAAAAAUGCAGUCAGCGAGUGAAACUACCACACUUGGAAGCAGUGGUACUUGGGCGUGGCCCAGAGACUGGGAUAACGGAUAAGAAGUGUUCACGGCAGCAAGUGCAGUUAAAGGCAGACUGUAACAAGGGAUAUGUCACCGUUAAGCAGAUAGGAGUCAACCCAACUAGUGUUGAUCUCGUGAUUAUUGGCAAGGAUGAAGAGGUGAAAAUGAAGCCAGGCCAAGUUCUACAUAUUGUGAAUAAACUCUACCCCUACACGGUGCAAUUUGAUGAAGAGUCAGGGAAAACUGUUACAGAAGUGGAAGAGAAAAUAAAAACCGGCAAGACGCCACGCGAGGACUCCUGUGAGAAUGAUGACGUAGAGCUCAUGCCCAGAAAAACAAUGAAGAUGGAUGUGGUGGAUACACAAGGCAGUUCUGCAAACCCCAAGCUAAGCAAUACCAGCGUACCUCCACGUGAAGGGACGUCGGGUAAAAAGGAGCAUUUAGGACACUGGAGUCAGGGUCUAAAGAGCUCCAUGCAAGAUCCAAAAAUGCAGGUUUACAAAGAUGAAAAGACUGUAGUCAUCAAGGAUAAAUAUCCCAAAGCACGUUACCACUGGCUUAUCUUACCAUGGGACCCCAUUUCAAGCCUGAAGUCAGUCACCAGGGACCAUCUCGAACUUUUGGAACACAUGGAUGCAGUUGGGCAAAAAAUGAUCGCACAGUGCCCUGCCAGAGAGAGUCUGGAGUUCAGACUGGGUUACCACGCUGUCCCCAGUAUGAGUCAGCUACAUUUGCAUGUAAUCAGCCAGGAUUUUGACUCUCCGGCCCUGAAAACCAAAAAGCACUGGAACUCUUUUACUACAGACUACUUCUUAAACUCUGAAGAUGUGAUAGAGAUGGUAAGAAACAAGGGAAGAGUGAUGGUGAAAGAUCAUGUCUCUGAGCUUCUGAAAUUGCCCCUUAGAUGCCAUCGUUGCAAACAACAGCUGUCCACUAUCCCACAGUUAAAGGAACAUCUCAAGAAACACUGGCCAAAAUGACUUCGCAAAACAUCACCUUCAGUUUUCAGGCUACAACAAAGCCCUCAAAAUGUUAGUGGAGACGUGUGGGUUUUGUUAAGUGGAAUGACAAACGUAAUGUGGGGAAAA